GCCGGUAUACGGUACCGGUGUGUGUCGCGCUUGCUUAACUUUUUGCCUGAUUUUUUUCGACCACCGAGCUUAAGUUAGCCUCGCCUGCUGCUAGUUUCACUGGCUCUGCAUCAUUAUCAGGGAUCAAUUCGUGGAGAUUUAUUCUGACAAAUUGUUUAAAUCCACAGAUCUCCAGAUUUCUGGAUCAGCUGUCCAGCUUGUAUGAGGAGUGUAACUAACAUCCAUCAAAAUGGGCCUAUUCAGUAAAAGAGGCAGUCUAAAUCUCUCAAAGGCCGAAGCAUCCAACCAGGUCCAAGACCAGAUUGAUCCAAACUUUGAGAAGCCGGACAAUCGUUUGGACACCUGGGCAUACACUGUUGAAGAUGAAGACACGUUGGAGACGGAGCUCUCCCUCGGAAACAGCCAUCGUGUUGUUCAGGAUGGCGACGAUGAUCCACCAGGUUGGUCCGGGAUGCAAGCCUCGAUGGAUGAUGCGGGGAGUAUGAACUUUAUCCCUGGCAUAGCAACUGACCCAAAAGGCGCAAUCACAGACUUUGAUGACGGCGGCAAAGGGUGUUGCGCCAACUGCCGAUACUCCUGCAGAAUAGCUUUCAGACCCUGCACCACCAAGCACAACCCUCUUCCGCACAACCCUUCCAGGUGGAGACGUUUCAAGUUUGCUUUUCUCUGCCCUCCUCAUGGUACUGUUGGCAGGACUGUGACUUAUCUGAUACUUGUGUUGCUGCUGUGGGCAGUUAUGUUCACCAUAACAGGGGCUGAAGCGUUACCGGGCGGCAAUCUUUUCGGAAUAUAUGUACUUGUUAUCAGCAGUAUCGUUCUAGGGCUGUUGGUGAACAAAAUUCUUAGGCUUCCAGCCCUUUUAGGCAUGCUAGCUGCUGGUUUCAUUCUUAAGAAUGUCCAAGCGAUCGACAUAGCCAACGACAUUUCCCGCGAAUGGGCCAGCGCUCUUCGUAGCAUCGCCCUUGUGGUAAUCCUCCUACGUGCUGGACUUGGUAUCAACGCCAAGGCUCUUCGAAGGCUUAGUUUCGUGUGCGCCAGGCUCUCCUUCGUACCGUCUAUCUUGGAGGCAACGAUCGUAGCUGUCGCCUCUCACUUUUUCCUGGAUUUCCCCUGGGAGUGGGCUUUCAUGUUGGGGUUUGUCUUGGCUGCUGUUUCUCCUGCUGUGGUGGUUCCAUGUCUCCUGGUCCUGCAGAAGGGAGGCUAUGGUUCCAGGAAAGGCAUCCCGACCCUCACCAUAGCUUCCUGUAGCCUGGACAACGUCCUGUGCAUCAGUGCUUUCGGAGUUGCCAUGGGGAUAUCUUUCUCAUCAGGUAGUCUCAUUUUGAAGAUUUUCCAGGGUCCUUUGGAGGUUGUUAUAGGUGUUUGUUUUGGAGUAUUUGCUGGUGUUCUACUCUGGUUCAUUCCAAGCAAAGACAUGAAAACCCUGACGAAUCUUCGGUUUCUGUUCCUGUUCUGUGGUGGUUUGUUUGCCGUGUUUGGUAGCACCGCAGCAUCCUUCCCCGGGGCUGGAGCGCUGGGAUGUCUCACCCUUGCUUUCAUGGCUGCUCUAGGUUGGAAGGACGAGAAGGUCGCAGUUGGAAAUCUGAUUGGUGUGGUCUGGUGGCUGUUUGAACCAAUCCUAUUUGGUCUCAUCGGAGCAGAGGUUGCCCUCGAAUAUUUAGACGGACAGACAGUGGGUCUUGGAAUAGCCACUCUUAUCCUGGGAUUAGUGAUUCGUAUUGCAGCAACUUGGCUGUCUGUUCUUGGAGCUGACUUCAACAAAAGAGAGAAGCUCUUCAUGAUCUUUGCUUGGUUCCCAAAGGCUACUGUCCAGGCUGCAUUGGGACCAUUAGCCCUUGAUGAAGUCAUGAAGCAAGGCAUAGUGGAUGAAACAGAUGAAGCAAACCAACUCAGAGGAAUACAACUCUUGACCAUUGCCGUGUUGAGCAUCCUGAUCACAGCACCCAUUGGUGCCAUCCUCGUCACGCUCUGCGGCCCAAAACUCCUGGAGAAAGAGACUAGACCCUCGACAGUCAGCCACCCAUCAGGGGAGCUGGGGGCGGGGCCAGGGGAUGAAAGGGAGGAGCUUGGCGCGAGGCAGAGGCUAACAGCCGAGGAGCAAUACUAACCCUGGUCAAGUGAGAGAUUGAUCCAGGUAAUGAAUUGUUUGCAUGCAUCAUCCAUCUGUUAUCUGUUUAAUCACCAUGCGUUCAUCAAGGCAUUUUUAUCCUCAGUGCCGCCUUCAACCCAGGACUUAAAUGGGAAACCGGGGCCGGUAACACAAAAUUUAGCAAUGAUCAUAGAACUUUUUCCUUCGAUUGAUUCCAUUGCCUACAAUGUACAAUCAAUUAAGGGUAUGAUCAAUCGCUAACCUUUGUGUUACAGGACCCUGGUGUAGAAAGCAGCAAUGAAGUGAUUUUAAGGCAUGCUUUUCAUCCAUUGUUAUUCCAUCAAUUGGAAGUUUUUGAGGAUUGAGUUUGAUUCCAGUGUUCCAUUUCCACUGUUACAGUACCAAGUAGCAUUUUUUUUUACUUGCUUUGACACUCUUAGAAACAAUACAUCAGAUAUGUUUGACGGAAUAUCUCUGCUUUUCAGUCUAUUUUCUUUUCUAUUUGAGAUAUAUGAUUAUUUUUAUAUUAUUAUUUUUUGAAUGAGUACCCUUAUUUCAAACAAAAAGCGAUGUUGUGUUUGUCCAUCAUAACGGUAAUCACAUACAUGUAUGAGAUGAUGAUGUCAGUCAAAUGCUUAGAGAAUGAACUUUAGGAUUGUGAUAGAUCAAACAUUUCCAAUGGAGCUUCGAAAGUGGGAAUCUGUACGUUGCAAAUAGAAAAUACUAAAAUCUAUUUGAGGAAAAAUCAACGCUGCCUUGUGAUUAUCCAUCAACUACAUAUCAUGAUACAAUUAUUUGUUAUAAGCUAUUGAAAUCCCUGCAUCUGAUUGGCUCAUAACGGAAUCGACAGUGAAAGCCACCUCAGUCAUCCUCCCUUCCUUUUCUUUCUCUCUUUCUUUGUGACCUGACUUAAUUAUUUCAUGAGAUACUCUCUUGUAAAUACCUUAUUCACUCAGAUGAGAUUGAUGCAGGGAAACUAGACCCUACAAUCUUCAAUAAAAGAGGGCAGUAAUCAUUUUAACUACACGUGCUCUCAUAUAAGAGUAGAGUUACGAGAACUUGUUCAGGCUAAAAAGUACCAGACAAUUAUUUUCCGCGUUCAUAUCGUCCCGAAGCACACCCUUUCGGGGUAAGUUCCCGAAGUUCUGAGCAAGCGCAGUAAAUAGUCUGAUUAGCAGGUGAGGCAAAGGCACUAAUGCUCAUCUGAUCGCUGGAUGGAGAAAGUUCCUGUAAUUUGCUUUCACACUUCCAAAAUCCCCACAACGAUGGAAAAAUCCCUAUGAAAAUUAUUGUAUAAUUUUGGCAAGUACCUACUAUUUAGCAGGUAUUUUUUGGGGGGGAUAUUACAAGUAACUUGCAAUCACAUUGGCAAAAAAACUAUUUUCUGAUCGGGGUUGAUCAGGGCAAAUUCCCCAAUCAGAGAAUACCUGGAACUGACAAACUUUGAGCCGUUUUGAAAACGCCUUAUGAUACCCAGGAUAUAAGACCAUUUUUGUCUGUUUAUGUUGUCAGAUCUGAGAACUUCCCUUGAUUUUAACUGGCUGAGAAGCGCUCUUACUAUGGUAACUGUCAAAUAAAAUGGGACUUGUCGGAUAAAACGUCCUCUUAUAAAAUGCUCCCCUGGCUUUGUCCAACUUCCGAUGAGAAUGCAUUGCAAUGUAUUGGUUCAUCUGUUCAUUUCCUAAAAUGUACUGUAUGAACUCUCCAACUAAUUUUAAAAUCUCUGUGUGUACAACUUUUGUAUUUACAUCUAAACCUUAGUUUUGUUGUUCUUACAUGUAUUUUUCUCAUUGUACAUAAUAUUCAUGAGCAAUUUUUAUUUUGACAAGCCAUGUCAACCUCAUUCAAUGUUUUCUUAUAAAGUGUAUUCAUUGUUUCAACUUAUGUUCAGUAUUGUUACCACACAUACUUGUACAUACAUGUAUGUAUAUAUAUACUCUUGUAUUACAAGGAUUCAUUUUCAAAUGAUCAUUGUGUUUUAUGAUGUGUAUGUACAUAUAUAUGUCGUGUAUGAGAAUGCAAUAUCUUAUAUUCUGUUAUUGUGCAAGUGUAUUUUCAAUUUAUGAGUCUUCAUAAUGAGAUCGGCUAUUGUGUAUUGAAGUCUUUCUUGAAAGGAUCUAUUUCUUUCUUUCUCUAGUAGAAUGAAUGCUUCUAUGUCUAAUACCUAUCAUGAACUUUGUAAUUCUAAUUCACAUCUAUCUUUUAAGACAUAAACAUGCAAUACAAUUUAAGAAAUAAGUGCUUUACCCUGUGGCGUGGAAAAUAUACGGUUAGUUUUACGAGUUUUUUCCCUUAUAUUAUCAGACUCAAGUUAUGAUCUAUUAUUUUUGCAAUAUAAUCAACACCAUCAAUCAAGUUAAAUACCUUCAUGUAAGUAAUUAACAUCAUGUUGUGUUGGUAAAUCAGUAAAAUUUGAUUACUGCCUUAUUUGGAAAGAAAAUAAAGCCUGUGUUUUUUACAUGGUAUAUAUUUUGGAAAUACAUGUAGUUUUAAAAUUCUCUCAAAAUAUAUAUUUUUUUAAUUCAGCCAUAUUAGAAUUAAAUAGAUUUUGCAUUUUGGAAUUUGAUUUUGGGGUGUUGGAGUGAUUUUUAAAUUACAUAUAUAGAGGAAGAUGACAAAUGCAAGACUUUGUUAAUGGAUGAAAAAGAGUUACAAAAGGUUAGAAAUUGAGGUGGUUGCAGAAAGAUCUCCAACACCAAGCCAUUAAGGCAGGGGUGUGGUUGAAAGUACAAGAAUGGACCUGUAAGGAGCUCCAUGGUAGUAGACUCCAAUUUAAAAAUGUGUAUACUGCCAUCUAGUGGUUGAAUCUGUACAUUCUUGCCAGGAAUGAGUGAUGUGUUUUUUAGUGUAUGAUGGAUGGUGGUUUUGGAACGAAGUGACAGGCAGAAUUCCAGCUAUGCUACUGCGGCUCUUUAAUAUGCCAACAGGCUCUAGCUAUGUUUAGAUUCUCUGUAAUCUGAAGAAAAUGAUGGCUUUUUGAGUACUACCAAAUGUUCAUUCAGCUGUCGUCUGCAACCCCCCCCCCCCCCCAUCGCGUAUUCAUUUUGAAGUGAUGGAGAAUCUGUUAUUGAGCGGCAGUUUGAGAGUUGCAAUCUGUGUAGUAAUAUACCAUGGAGACAGGUUGGACAUAGUAUCAUUAAUAUGAUUUUCUUAAAAAGUACUAAUUUCCAUGUUCUUAUUUUUCGUUUUGUUAAUAAUAGCUUCAUUGUUUUUAUUUGUGAUUCGGCCAGUCUGCACUUCAUUUGUCUUUCAACUUUUAAGUGAUAGUGAAUGAAAACAAUAUCAUUAUUGACAAAAUUAAUCAUAAUGUUUCACAUAACAGAUAUACAUUGUAUUUGGAUAUAUAUUUUUAGUAAUAUACUUGGUGUUCCCUUGUAUUUAGGCCUACAUUGUAAUAAUAAAUUAUUACGGAUCAGGUGGAAUAACAGUUAACAGUGUACAUAAAAAAUAUGUUUUUAUUUCGUCCAUCACAUACAUGUUCUUGCUUCUAAAUGCUUUUCUUUCAUCUCUUCGGAAGUUCCUUUGAUCAUUUUAUCAUUUUGCAUUUCUUUUCAAGAUAAUUCCAAGGCAUAACCUCAAUUCAUCAAGCCCCUCCCCCUGAAGUCCGGUAAAAGAUAAAGUGAUGUGUGUAUAUUUUUUAUUACGGUACUUCAAAACAGGGUUUUACUUUCUACCAAAAUAUUUUUCAUGGCUUCAUUAAGAUAUCUAUUCAGUUUUACAAAAUAUAUCACAAUCCCUGAACUGCAUUCUUUGUUUAAUAUCAGUUUCAAGCAACACAACACUUCUAUUGUGGAAGAAAUGAAAACAAUAACUAUGUGAGCGUUCAAGUUCUUUUCAUGUUACGUGUUACAUUUAAAAAAAAGGAAAAAAAAUUCCCAGCAAAGGAUUGGUUCAAGCUGUGACCCGGAAAAUCUGAAUUCUUUUGGCCAAAUAUUUCUAUGUAUUCCCACCCAUGCAUUUCUGUGUACAGUGCUUGCGACUCUCUACAGGAAGCAGUAUGAUCAUGUACAAUGAUUUAUUUGAUCGUUUUCUCCUUUUCCAGUUUCUGUUAUGUUCCCUUCCCACCACCAGGUGUUUCAAUUUUAUUUUUGCCAGAGCUAAAAUAGUCAAAUUUUAUAUAUUUUGUUGUGAAGAUUCAUGGUAUAAUAUAUGUAUUUUCUGUUGUGAUGUGUGCUUUGAACAUAAAGGUAUCAUUCCAUAGUACAACAUUUUUGCACAUAUGGUCGAUGUAUGUUUUCAUGACAAUAUUAAUUGAAUAGAUAUUGAUGAUGGAUUUGUUGUAAACCAAUCAUGAUAUCAUUAAUUGAAAUCAUCAGCCAUGCUGCAUUUCAUUUGUGAUUGAUAUAACUACCAACAACUCAGAAAAGA